AUGGAAGAAACAGACUUCGAUCCCCUUACCGAAGAAGGCCAAGUUGAUAUUAACGACGAAGAACCGCUACUUCCCGACCAACCAAUCGACGAUUCCGUAAGGAGUAGAAUCAGAAAUGCCUUCGCACGUUCCAGAGAACGCAAUCACGCGGGACUGCGCGAGCACAUAGAGCUUCGAAACAUGGAAACCAUAGAAUGGGCAAAGCAAGAGCUAACGCGACGUUAUCCCCGUUUCGAGGCUGAUGAGGUAAAGCUUACAAAACGCAAAGACAAAGUCCUCAUAAGCGUUCAAGACCUAAGAUUUCCUGACAAAGACCGCUGGACAAAACCACAACUCCUCUUUGAUGAGAAUGGUGAUGUUAGGGGUGACGUCGCAAGAUUAAGAGGCUUCCAACAGGCUACUAGGAGCAUGUUAGAAAGGUUGGAAACCCUGAAUGAAAAGGUCGCGCUAGAAAGGCGCGUCGAGGAACUACAAGAAACGUUGGAAGAAAGGGAAGCAGAGUAUGUGCGACAAACCCGACUACUUUCUAAUGCUGAGAGACAAUUUAGUCAACAAGACGCAAGGAUGGAAGAAAUGGCGAAGCAGUUAGACGAUACGAAAAGGGAGUUAGAGAACGCUAGGAAAUCGCAUACUCCAACGGCGGUGUUAGAAAAAACACUAAGGGAGAGGGAGUCAAACUAUCAAAGGCAAUUGUCGCAGUUGAGUCAAAGUAAAGAUGAGGACAUAUUGACAAACAGGCGAGAAGCUGAAAAGGCCUUAAAUGAAAGGGAUACAGCUCGACGGGCUUUUAACCUUGCCUUAGAAGACCUAAACAUGAGUAAGGAGGAAGUUAAGAACUUAGAAGCCACCAUAGAGGGUUCUUUGGUGGAGAGGCGGCAGUUAAUUGCUGAAAUCAAGAUUAAAGAAGAGCAAAUCCAACAAAGAACCACAGCCAUCGAAGAUUUGGAAAGAAACAUAUCCGAAAAGCAGGAAAUAAUUAAUGACCAAAGUCGCCCUGAAGAGGAAAGGGAAGCAGCCCAAGCAGAAAAGGAAAGACUUCAGGAAGAAGUCGCGAAGUUGCAGGCGCAAAAAGAUAAAAUGGAAAGGGAAUUGGGGCUUACCACCAAGGAAAAGGUAAAAAGAGCCCUGAUGAAGUAUGGUGUGCCGCUGGCAUUUGCGAUUGCUAUUAGCACUGCAGUGGGUGUGAUUAUGUCUGCACUUAAAGCUGCGGGCUCGGGUGUAAAUAAGUUAGGUAAGGGGCUGACAAACAUGGGAAAAAAGAUGGCAGCCAGUCUUCCUGGGCUGCUUGGUUCUGUUGUUGGCUUGGCGCUUAGAGCCGGUGGAGAACUAUUGAAGUUCGUGGGGAAUAACAUUUGGAUCUUGGUCGUCGCUAUUGGGGUGGUCCUCCUCAAAAAGGUGAAGGGCUAG